AUGCUUCGAUCGACGUCUUAUAAUGGUUUCGGCGAAGCACUCACAAGCCAGCCGAGGUCGACUCGUGGAGGAAGCUCGAAUAUUUGUAUUCAAUCUAUCAGAGCCCAAAAGAGCUUUAAGAAAUGAACACAAGCAUGUUAAGGAAGUGGGGUGGGCUUCCAAACUAGCUCCGCCACUCGAAAAGUUAUGUGGUGUUUGUAAAGAAAUCGAUUCCUGGCUAUCUGCAGAUCAGCAUAGAAUAGCUGUUCUUCAUGCAAGAGGAGACAAAGACAAACUAGGAGUUAUCGUGGCAGCGUAUAUGCACUACUCAAGUAUUUGUGGAAAUGCAGAGCAAGCGUUAGAUAGGUUUUCUAUGCGAAAAUUUCUGGAAGACAAUGUUGGACCAAUUUUGCUUCCAUCUAAUAGAAGAUACGUAGAGUAUUUCGCUGGAUUACUAUCCCGUAACAUCAAAAUCAAUUCUGCUCCCAUGUAUCUGACCCACGUCACAGUUUUGGGGGCACCAUCAUUCCAAGAUGGCGGUUGUAAGGCGUUCCUGAAAUUGUAUGAAGGACAUACGCCGAUAUAUACAUCAGGAGUGUAUUCAGUGUCGAGAGGAGUGGGUCAAUUCACAGUUAAUGUCACUGGUGAAGGACGGAAGGGUCUUCAACUUCGAGGUGACAUCCUCAUAAAGUGCUACCACCGAGGAGAAAUGGGUCGGGAGGCUAUUUUCGCAUGCCAGUUCCAUACCUGCGCAGUAGCGGAUAAUACUUUGAGUUUCACAAGACAAGAGUUGGAUAUAGCAUGCAAUGUUCUCUCCAGGUCCAGAAGGACGUCAUCCUGUUCCAGCUCCUACACCCGCGGUGCCAUUCACCUUAACGGACGAUGUAGUUAUGAGGGCAAAUAGUCCUCUAGUUAUUGACGAUUAUGAUGAUGAAGAAGAAUUUGAUGAAGAAGACGUCAGCCAUACCUUUGGACCUCUAGACGGCAGUAUAUACGCCACCAUUGCCAAAAAACCCGAAUUAUCACCGGGUGCUGUAUCGAGUCCUUUAACAGUGUCGAUGGACAGUGGUAUCUCUUCAGCAGGACACCAACAGAACGCCAACACCAACGCCUCCACGAGCCCCCCACUGACCGCCCAGCCUUCCCCACUCACCCCCGAGGAUCAACACCGCGAGCUAGACGAGCUCCUCUCGGAUAUGAUGCUCACAGUCCAAAGCAUUCCCGAUCUGAAACCGCACGAAGGCGCGAAUCUCGAUGAUGUUCGCUAUAUAGACGAAGAGGAAGAGAAGGCCAUCCCAUACCACGCGCGUCAGACAAGCCAGCCUUUCAGCUACGGCGUCAAGGCAGACAUGAUUGCGGAACCCUCCAGAGGGCUCUCAAGCCCUAGCCUAGUGCGGAAGGCCAGUGUUAACAAGAGUUCGGGAGAUACACUGAGAAAAGUGCAAACGCAAGUUUAUCCUGAAUUCACGUCGAAGUCUAGUACAGUGCACAAGUGGGACCCUGCAGAUGACAUUUUCAGGCCUGGUACCCUGAAUGGCCAACGGAGGGAGUACCGCGAGGAAUACUACAGGGAGGACGUGAAAAGGUACGAUCCGCUCAAAAGGAGUUUGACGGAGGGGACCAUCAGGAGGAGUCCUGACAAGUCUCAGAGGAGUCCAAGUUCAGUAGUGACAAGUCCGUAUUCGGAUUCCGAGAGUUUGUCUCCUCCAGGAGCGUUCAGGAAUUCUACAAAGUCACCGGAGUUUCACGAAUUAUACGCCACAAGUAACAACCUAACAUGGCUACAGCGUCAACAACAGAAACUGAAGGAACGCCGCGAAAUCAUCCUGAGGGAGGAAAGGCAACCUCACGAAACGCGACUCUUAUCAGAACUCCGCAGCGUUCAGUCAAGGCAUAUGAGGCCAACGGCGAGUCACCGUUUAGACGGGUAUACCAGUGACACAACUGCUUUCGCAGAUGAUGAUGACGACUAUACAAUUCCUCUGCAUAUCAAUACCACACAUAAGAAUGGUUCUUCAACACCCGGCUCGACUUCGAGUUAUAGUACGUUGAAAUCGACUUACAGUACUUUGACGAAAAAUGAAAGGCCGUUUAUGAGCGUUAAGAGGGCUCACGAACGUUAUGCUCAGAAUAGUAACCAUAGCCCGGCACAAAUCCUAGCAGCUAAUCCAAUGGGACAGAUAGUUCGCCAAUCUUCCGAAGGAAUCGACCAGGUCGAUAAUGGUUUACUGUCUUUGGUUGAACAACAGCAACAGCAGCAGCAACAGCAUUACAAACAAAGCAGCCCUCGUUAUAAUUCGGCCAUGGUGGGUAUUGAGAGUGAAAAUAGCACUGAUAGUUCACCCACAGACAGACCUACAGACUUGCAAGACGAAAGCACCCGCCUUGAUGCAUUAAGUGACCUCAUAGCUAACUUAUCCAGUGGUUCUGAUAAGUCCAGUAACAGCCCUAACACACCAUCUGCAUGGCAGUAUCGGGAAGAUUCUGUCCAUUCCUGGCGGUCUCAAUCAGCUACGGAACCAGACACCAGUCCUUCACAUAAUUCAUCUCCCCGUCCUCAGACUCCUGCCUUUCCAGUGCACGCAAGAACACCCUACACGAACUCUUCGACGCCUACUGUACAAUUUGACAUACCUUCCGAACGAUUACCACCAAAGAGUCCUACAACCCAACGACGUUUGAGUUUCCCAUCGCCAUCUAAUAAAAGUACACUGAAGUGGUCUCUUUCCCCCGAGAGAAAGGACCGACCGACUUCCCCAACAGAACUCACCAAUGGUUCUGGCAUCGAAUACACCAACACUUCAACCCACCGCAGCGUUUCGGUUACUCCAACUUCAGGAUUCAGGGAAUCAGAAAAUUAUCAAUAUAGUCCAAAGAGUCCAAGCUACAACGGUUCUUCGUCACCAACAGUUUACUAUGGAACUUCCAGAAGGAGUUCCGUGAAUUCCAAUAAUGAGUCGCCGCAUGAAGUUUCUGCAGCCAAUGUCAAGUUUGUUAGAGACACUUCCAAAUAUUGGUAUAAGCCUUCCAUAUCAAGAGAACAAGCUAUUUCAAUGUUGAGAGACCAGGCUCCAGGUACUUUCGUGGUACGAGACUCCAACUCAUUUCCAGGAGCAUUCGGACUGGCUCUGCGUGUCGCAACGGUGCCCUCGAAUGUUCAAAACAAAUCAAGCGGCGGUGACGAACUCAUCCGACAUUACUUGAUCGAACCAACCAACAGAGGAGUGAGACUGAAACAAUGUCAAAACGAACCCGUCUUCAGUUCACUGUCUGCUCUAAUCUACCAGCAUUCGAUCACCCAAAUGGCUCUACCUUGCCGACUCAUUCUUCCGCAAGAUGAUUUGAAAAUGAAUGAGAGGGUCACUUCCCAAACCCAAUCCCAGUCACUGUUCACGCAAGGAGCCGCUUGUAACGUUUUAUAUCUCACGACUGUCGAUAUGGAAUCCCUGACUGGGCCACAAGCAAUCAAGAAAGCAGUGAUGCAGCUAUUCCAGAAAUCUCCUUUGCCAGACACAGCGACGGUUCAUUUCAAAGUCAGCGAUCAAGGCGUCACGUUGACGGACAACAAGAGGAAACUUUUUUUCAGGCGACACUAUCCAAUUAACACUGUUUCUUAUUGUGGACUGGAUGAUGAUCAGCAUCGGUGGCUUGUGAAUGAAGAAGAGAAUGGUUCUUCCAAGAGUUCGAAUCGGAUCUUCGGCUUCGUAGCAAGAAAACCAAAUGUGAGUAAUCCAGACAACCAGUGCCAUCUCUUCGCCGAGCUGGAACCAGAACAGCCCGCCACAGCGAUCGUCAAUUUCCUAAAUAAAGUAUUGACAUCGACUGGAAUCAAACCCAAUAUUGUAUAGAAAUAAUUCAAAAGGAGGAGGAUGAAAAUAUCACAUCACAAUCUAAUUUAUAUCAAAAUUGUUAUUCAGUGUCUUCGAAAUACUAAAUGAGCGUAGAUUAUUGAAAACACAUUUCCCAGUCAUAAAAUUUUAAUUCCUAGUCCUGUUAUUUGAUAAAAUUUGUAGGUUAUUUUCACGAUAUUUUUGGUAAUGCAUUUGUGUUCUCAUCAUCUUGUAUAUACUUAAUAACACUAAGUGUGCCUGACGACUUCUAUAUUUCCAUUUUGUUUUAAAAAUUGUUUUGAUUUCUUGGUGAAGUGCUCUCAAUAUUAUGAAUAUUAGCAUUUUUCACGGCACAUAAUGAUGUACAAGGAUUCUACUGACCUUGUUAGUGUUUUUGUUAUGAAAAAUUAACAAAAAUCAACACAUUCAACCAAUCAAAUUCAGGUAUUGUGAAGGAUCAGUAGAGUUUCUAUUAUGUAGACCAGGAUCGAUACUUUUCGAAACCAAAAAAAAAAUUAUAGUAGGAUGAAACCUACUGGAGAAAGAAGAGAAUAUAACAAGAAUGAAAAGAACAAUGAAUUAUGGUCGAUUUGAGGUCGGUUUUCGGUUUUCUUUAUCAAACUACAAGUGAAAUAGCAAAGUUGUAAGUAAUAAAAAAAACUUUAACUUUUGUAUACACACUUUUUUUACCAAACCUCAAAAUUUAUGUGAAAAAAUUAAAUAACCAAGUUUAUGGUUUUUCAUUUGUUUUUCCACGAAAUUUCGUGAAACGUCACCUUUUCAUGUACCAAAUACACUGUGAUUUUUUGGAUUUGAAAUUCAUUUUCGAAGAAGCACCUUAAUUUUCAAUCGAAAAUUCACGUGUCAAAAUAUCUGCUUUUUUAAAAAAGUAGGUGAGCAUUUUAUUAUCUGAAAUCUCUACUUUCUGAUUAAACGAAUUAUAUUACAAUACAUAAUGAAAUUUGGUACAAUCAUGAAAUACAAAUCAAUGCAGAGAACUGAGUUUAUAAUAAAAAGGAAGAAGAGAAAAAUAUCACCCCAAUUUGUUGUUUCGUUCCCUUCCGUUCAUAAAAGAGGACAUAUGCCUCAUCACUCACAAGCGAUUUUGGUAAAAUUGGGGACACGUGUGAAUCAUUAUAUUCAUGCCACGUGCCACUAUAUGGGUGUCUGUAAUAUGCUGUGUAAUACCUGUUAUAAGUGAUUCGAAAGUGCAUAUAGAUUGUAACAGCAAGGAGCCACAUUGUCUACUGCAUAAUUGCUCAUAUCUUAUCCAUCUGAAGAAAAAUCAAUGGAAACAUUUAAUCUGCCUCUGAAUCUUUCAGUUGGAGAGAAUCUUUCCGAAUGAAUUUCUAAAACACGUGGAAAUUUAUAGAUUGAUAGGGACUUCUUCUUCUUUGCUUGCACCUCGGACACGUUGGUUUUUCAUCUCCAUCCAGAGCUUCCUCUCUUGUGGAGGAAUCCAAGCAAUGUUCAGUUCUUUGUGGUAUAAGGAAGGGACAAGUCCCAGAAAGGAUCGAAGGUUACAGUGUAUAAACUUCAUAGUGGAUUUUAAUUGACCAAUGAAAUUGUCUACAUUCUAAGAGUUGUUCAUAUUCAAAUAUCUCAGCCAGGACUCUUGUGCUUUUCCGGUGUCGCUCAAUUUUUCGUCAAUCUCCGUUAAAAUCGGUUCAGGUUUCUUAGUAAUUCUGUUGAGGUCCUCAUGUAAACCUUCUAGAAGAUAUCGAAGGAAUUCGUGGGCCUUGAUGGACAGAACCCAUGAAUCGAGGGGCAAAUCUUUGAAUCUGACUUUUGAAGUAGACUGUGUUAAUUACUCUAUCAGAUAAAUCUUGUGACCACAAUUAAUUGAUAACUUUGAUAACGCUUUGAUUUAAAACACGUUUCAUACUAGAAAUAACUAGUGUUGAUAUUUUCCAUGUAUGUAUCCUCUUUCAAGUAUUUCAGCAACCAUCCCAUGUUUGAUAAACAUUGGAUUACACUGUUCAUGAAACAGGUGAUUCCAAUAUUUUUUAACCUAUAACACCCAAGAGUUCUGACUGAAGAAUGUAUCAUCGAUCUAUUGUUGUAACUGUUGCCACUUUCUGAUAGUAUAAAAAAUAUACGUUACUGUGCUAAAUGUUCUCUGAAAUGCAAAAACUUUAAAAAACUCGAAUCCUAAAAAUUUUGUCAAUCGUUAUGUUCAGUUUUGAGGAAUUUAUUGCAAUUAACACUUUAAUUACUUGUAUAACGUAAGAUUCCAUGUAACAUUCAUGAACAAAUAAAUUAAAAUUCCGUAAAACUUUAAGAUUGCAAAAAAA